UGAAAAGCUCCCAGCUGGUGUCCUGCUGCGGCGUUCGGACGUUUCCGUGCGAUUGCGGAGCCGGGCGGGAAUCUGCGUUGGGACCUUAAGCCGCCAUCCUUCCUGAGACGGUUUCAUCAUGUCUGAGAAACGGGUGGAAAGGAAGGGCUUUCGACAGAGAUCACCUCCAUUUCUGAAAUACUUGCAGAGCAUUCUCCGCAAAUACCCAGAUGGGGGCCAGAUCUUAAAAGAACUGGUCCAGAAUGCAGAUGAUGCGAGUGCUAAAGAUGUGAUCUUGAUCUAUGACGAACGGAAGUUUGGGACCCAGAGACUUUUCUCAGAGGGACUGGCGAGUGCCCAAGGACCUGCGCUUCUCGCCUACAAUGACGGCCUGUUCUCCGAGGCUGACUGGGAUGGCAUCCAGAGCCCCGGCCUCAGUCACAAAGUAGAUGACCCCUCUACGGUCGGGAGAUUUGGCUUGGGCUUCAAUUCAGUUUACCACAUCACAGAUUUCCCAUCUAUGCUCUCUGGUCAAUGGCUGGGAGUGCUGGACCCACAACAAACAGCCUUACAUGAUGGGGGGCAGCUUUGGAGUAUGGACGAGUGGGAAGAGGCGUCUGACCAGUUCGAGCCGUUCUGGGCAGCCCUGAAAUCGCUAGGCCGGCCGUAUCCUCCUGCUAAGGGCUACUUCCCUGGCACCUUGUUCCGCUUCCCGCUGCGGCACAGUCCCUCGGAGAUCUCUGAAAAUCUCUACAGCCCAGGACGGGCACAGGAGCUGCUGCUCGCCUUCUUGGACGAUGCCCCCAUCAGCUUGUUGUUCCUCAGGAACAUCCGGCGACUGACGCUGGGCCUCAUUGGAUCCGAUGGUGCCGUCCGUGAGUUACUGAGGGUUGAGGCCACUGCUCACUCUCUUAACGGGCCAAACGUGGGCCCGGGUAUCCCUUGCUGCGUGCCGAAGGUUGCAGAAGGUUGGCUGGACAGAAGUGGAAAUGCAAGUGUCCUCCUUCAUGGCUCAGACAAUGCUAAACUGGAUUCUGCAGUCAGCAUCACCACGCUUGCCCUGUGUGGCACUGGGAUUGGACAGGCUACCUGCCGGGAUUGGUUGGUGUUGUCAGCGGUAGCUAAAAAGGAAGCCUUUCCAGAACUCUGGGAUCUCGUGGAUUCAGUGAGCUCUGAGCCGACACUGUCCUUGGCUUACCCCUUGCAAGGUGGGUGCGCUGGCCGCCUCAGCUGUGUCCUACCACUCCCUGCAACGGAGGAGAAUGCCACCGGCCUGCCACUGCAUAUCAGUGCCCCUUUCCAGCUGACAGAUGACCGAAGACAUGUGCAGUGGUCUGAAGAAGGGUCCCGAGCACGCAGUGAGGAUGCACGUUGGAACCACUUGCUGAUGGAAGAGAUGUUGCCGGUUGCUUACUGCCAAGUCCUGUAUCUGGCAUCUGGCUAUCCUAGUGACCCGUAUGGGGCAUGGCCAGACCCAGACCAAAGCCAGCAACUCCGAUUCAAGGCUCUAGUAGCUCGCAUAUGCCAGAGAUUGAUGGACAUGAAACUUUUGGUGCGGGUUGGAGACGGAGAUCCCCGUUUGCUCCUCCCCUGUGAAUCUGUUCUCUUCCCAGAGAAGGUGGUAGAUAAACCAGUGGGUCGGGCACUGGAGAAGGCUCUGCUCUUGGCAGGGUCACAACUGGUGGUUGCCCCUCCCCAUGUUCGUCGUGCCUUGAAUUUGGGUGCCAAAGGCAGGGCAGAAGUGCAGGAGGCAACUGCAGGAUUUGUGAGGGAGAUUCUCCGAAAGGCUGCCCACAUCUGGAGUGAGAUACCUGACUUGGAGAAACUGUUACUGUUGGAGUACGUGACCGAGGAUGGGUGCUACCGGGCGCUGAAAGGUCUGCCACUGGUGCCAAUGGCAAAUGGCCACUUUGCCAGUUUUGGAGAUUCUGCAGAGACAGUGUUUGUUGAGACCCAUAACUUUCCCAGAAUCCUCUUGCCUGGCCUCGAUCACCAGUUUUUGCCCAAAGAUCUGAACCCCGAGCUGUGGAAGCGACUGCAAGCAAUUGCAGAACAAGAGUUAUUCGGCAAUCUGGUCACCGUGAAUCAACUUGUCGUCGAGCAGAACAUUUGUGCGGCUCUCCCCAAGGACUGGGUCGGCAGUAAUUCAACCCCUGUGGCUUGGCACCCAAAGGAGUCCCUGAAACACCCCCCUCUGGAGUGGCUUGCUGCUUUUUGGACUUUCUUGAAUCGUCACGUUUCCUCCCUGGUGCCCUUCAGGGGCUGCCCACUGAUACCACUGACUUCUAUGCACAAUCACCCCAACGGCAUCCAGCUGGCCCGGCUGCUUCCUCGGCCAACCCUGCUGUUCCAGAGCCAGAACAGGCUCAGCUUGUCAGCUGAAGUGGUUGGCAUUCUGCAGAUGCUGGGGUGCACCGUGAUCCAGAGCUGGGAGCCAAACUGGUGCCACCACCAACUGAGAGAGUACAUCCUAGAACCCUCGCCUGGCAGUGCCCUGAAGGCUUUUGCACAUUUGGGGGUGUCGUCUGUGGCUAACCGCCUGGCACUUCUGUCCACACACCAGAUUGAAAGCUUGAGCACGUUUCUCUCAGGGGCUGCCUCGCUUUCCCAAGAAGAGAGAGAAGUCCUAAGGGAACUGCCGCUGUUCAUCAAGUUGCCUUCUCUCCUUCCACCCUGCAUGCCUGCCUUGGUGCCAGCCGGGAGCCACAUGGCUUUAGAGAAGAACCUGGUCCCACCGGUGCCCAAAGAUCUGUUGACUCCACAGCCUAUGUUGCUAUGCCACUGUGAAGCAGAACGCCGGCUGCUUUUGCAUCUCCAGGUAAACCUCUUGGGAGCACCAGGUCUGGGUAUUCUGUGUGUCAAAGCAAUGAAGAACGGGGCAUAUGCCGGACGAGCACAAGAAGCAGAGAAAGUCAUGCUGUGGGUGCUGCACAACGCAGACAUCCUCUUCAGCCAGAGCCAAGAACUGCAAGGAUUGUGCCGCGACUUGCCAUUUCUGGACUGCGGGUCUGGAGAGCUGGCCCGGCCCGGUGAUCUUUAUGACCCAGACAACCACACUUUGCGGGCCUUGUUGAGACCUCACCGCUUCCCCAGUGGACCCUUCCGGGAGCCAGUGAUGCUGCGGGCCCUUCGUGCUCUGGGUCUGAAAUCUGAUCUUGCUGCUGUUUCUCCAGCUGAUGCACUGAUGGCCGCACAGGAUGUGAAUCAGCUACAGGAGGCUGCCGUCGCCAGUGCCAAAUCGCAGGCAUUGAUCCGGGUCUGCAAUGAGACUCCUCUACUCUCACGCAUGUCAUCACGGGAGCUGGAGCAGCUGCAGUGCCUGGCUUGGGUGCCUGCCAUCAACCCCUCUGUGCUCGUGCCAGCCAACUGCUUCAUGGCACCUGAAAUGCUUCGCUCGGAGAAGUAUGCUGCUCUCGUGGGGCUGGUCAUGGGUCUGACGAAUGCUUUUUACCCACACGCUGCAAAGGCAUUGGGGCUGGAGCAAUCACCUCCUCCAGAGAAGGUGGGAGAGAAUCUAGCCUGCUUGGCAAAGGACUAUAUCCCUGAAGGGACUCUAGUAUUAAUUUCAAAGUUGCAUAGCAUCUAUCAGCACAUGCAGCAGCAUCUGAGCGACUUCCAAAAGCCACCAGCAGGCCCUGCAGUGUGGAACGGGAAUGGCUUCUCACGGCCUGGAGACGUGGUGCUGGGCUACCCUGGUGGCUUGGACCUUGCUGCCCUGAUACCACGAGUGCCUUCUGACUUCCAGCACUAUGGUCAACUCUUUGCAACCUGGGGCAUCCGUCGGUCACCCGAUGAGGAAGAAGUGUGCCAGGCCCUCCACAAACUGGCCGAUCGCAUCAACAGCCAACCGCACAACAGCACGCAAGCAGAACUGCGCCUUGUGGUGGCUGCCUUGGACUGGUUCCGCGCUCAAGAUUACCACGGAGGAAUGGAGAUGUUAGUGCCUAUGCAAAUCCCAGGACGGGCUGGCUUUGCUCUACACCCAGUCAGUUCAGCACUGUACUGUGACAUGGAUCGCAGCCGCCUUGCCGACCUGGAUGGACCCCCACCUGCUUUGGUGCAUGAAGCUGUUCCCCCGGCCACAGCUGUCUUCUUUAAUGUGGAGAUGCUGAGCACUCGGCUGUCAGGCUUAGAAUUAUUUGAGGCUUGGGGUCCUUCGGAAGCAAUCACCCUCCGGAUCCGAAACAUUCUUCGUGAAUACUGCCAGGAUGCAGACGUGUUUCAGGAACUGCUGCAGAACGCGGAGGAUGCUGGCGCCAAAACCUGCCACUUCUUAGUGGAUCUCCGGCCACAUAAUGGCACUAUGGAAGGACUCUUGGACCCUGGCAUGGCUGCCUGCCAGGGGCCGGCACUUUGGGCUCACAAUGAUGCCGUGUUCACCGAAGCAGACUUCUCUAAUAUCAUCCGACUAGGGGCAGCCACCAAGGAACACCAGCAUGACAAAAUUGGCCACUUCGGGCUUGGGUUCUGCACAGUGUACCAUAUGACUGAUGCCCCCUCGAUUCUCAGCAGCCGCACUGUACUCAUCUUUGACCCCAACGUCACCCACCUCCAGAAGCAUAUCCGUGACCCAUCCCGGCCGGGCAUCCGUUUGAAGCUGAGCCACCAAACUGCUGCUAUGUUCCCUGAGCAAUUUCGGCCCUUCAGGGGCGUCUUUGGUUGUCAAAUCGGCGAGGAUUACCAAGGCACACUCAUCCGCCUGCCCUUCCGCACUGAGCAGGAGGCACGAGAUUCUGAGAUUUGCUCUGAGCCCUUUGGACCCAAACGAAUCAAAGCGCUGCAAACUGGUUUCCAGGAGAUGUACCAGCACCUGCUUAUCUUCCUACACAGUGUGCAGGAGGUGUCGCUGACCCACUUCCCUGGGGGUUCCAGUUCUCCAGAAGCUGCCCAACCAUUGGCUACAGUGAUCAGGCAACCACUUGCCAAGGCGGGCGCUUCUGAUAUUGUGCAAGUGACUGCAUCGUGGGAAUCUAAUGUUGCUGUAAGUCAUUACCUGCUGCACUCCUGUUCCGGUAUGGGAGAAGCCUUGAAGCUGUUCCAAGGUGGAGGAAAGGAGGGUUUCAGCUUCUCUCCUCCUGUCGCCAGUGUUGCCUUGCCCCUCUGCCCCGCUAGUACUCCUGGACAAUGGGCCCCAGAUCUAGAGGGCUUCGAGGGCCGUGUCUUCUGCUUUCUGCCUCUUCCUAUAGAGUCUGGCCUUCCGCUGCACCUCACAGCGGCCUUCGCUGUGCUUAGUAAUCGCAAAGGGCUAUGGGACACCACUGAGAAAGGCCAAUGGAACAGGGCACUCCUUCGGGAUUCGGUGCUGGGUGCCUGGCUUGGGGCGCUGUGCCGGCUCCGAGACAUGUGCACGGCAGGAUUGCUGGAGCGUUACGAGUACUACACUUUCUGGCCCGAUGUGCACCAUGCAAAGCAUCCUUUCAGCGAAGCAGCCCAGGCUUUCUAUCAAGCAUUAGUGGACGGCGUUGAUGGGGAGCAGCCGAUUCUCUUAUCCGAUGGGGACUUGUGGUGCUCAGCUCAGCAUGCCUGCUUCCUGGAUGCUGAUGUUAUCCGUGAGAAGCAACUGAAACCUACAGCUACCAGGGUCUUCUCUUCCCUCCUGCCAGAACCAAAGAUGGCAGUGAAUCUUCCACACUGGGUGAAGCUGAGUUUCAGAGCAAGCACCUCGAAGGAUGUUCUGUCUCCGAACACCUACAACUGGGCACGAUUCCUCCAGGAGCUUGUUCUUCCCAAUUUAGCUGAGCUGGCCGUGUCUGAUCGUGACGCCCUGAUCCUUCAUGCCCUGGAUAUGAAGGAUGCCAGUGUGGACGAACUUCUGAAAUCUCUGCCUUGUGUUCCUGCCACUCCAGAUAACCAGCUGAAACACAUCAGAGGGUUGGUGAAUCCCAUGGGGCGUGUGGCGUCGCUCUACGCCCCUGAAGAUGGCCGCUUCCCUAUGAAUGCAGAAUUUCUGAAGCCAGAGCGUCUGUUUCGCUUGGUGGAACUCGGUAUGACCCAAGACCAGGUCGCCAUGGAGGAACUGAUAAACCGAGCCAGAACAGUGGCAAACUUAUGGCACCAUGAGCCACGCAAAGCCUGCCUGCGUGCCCGUCACAUCCUGCAUCUCCUCGAGGACCGUCUCCAGGAAAGCUUCAGCAACACUGCGCAAGUUGUUUUCAGAGAAAUUCCCUUCUUGCCCGCUGAGCUUCCCGGCAACCACCACAGACUCUGUUGCCCUAACCAGAUUUAUCACUACAAGCUGCAGCCCUUGGUGGGCUUGAUUGAACCCGUCCUAGCCAAGAAGUUUCUUGAUGAAGGCCUGAAGCUUUCCAACGAACUGAAGGAAUUCUUGGGACUGAGUCGCCAGCCGCCAGUCACCACAGUAUUGAUGCAGCUGGAGGCAGCGUCACGUGGCUCCAAUGCCCUGAACAGGACAGAGCUGGCUAAGAUGACACAAAGAUGCUAUGCCUUCCUGAAUGAAAUGGUUCACAAGAACGCUCAGUGCAGACUGGAGGUAUCCCAAAAGGCACAGACAUUCCCCUUUGUUCUGGUGGGUUCUAGCUUUGUACCCGUGCGCAGUGUGGCCCACAACUUGGCUGUUGACUCUGCUCCGUAUCUGUUCCAACUGCCUCAGGAAUACCAGCAGCAAAAGGAGCUGUGGAACUGCAUAGGGAUAUCCGAUACCUUUAAAGUGGAGGACUAUGCCGCAGUAUUGCAAACGUUAGCUAAGAAGGCAGAUGGAAAGUCACUUUCUAAAGGGCAGCUGAACCUAGUCAUUGGACUGAUUGCUGUAGGUCUAGUUGGGGCCUUGCCAGAGGGCCAAAAACUGGAUUCUUUUGUGGCCCAGAGUAUCUCUUUCCCAGAUACACACAAAAUACUGCAUCCCUUGCCCAAGCUGUUCUUUGAUGACACUCCCUGGCUGCCACGUGAGAAGGGGGUCCUAUUCUGCCAUUCCAUGAUCUCACGGGAAGUUGCCCUUUGCUGUGGAAUUCCCACCACAAGGCACCACAUGUUAUCACGCCGGCAAAUCCAGGGUUUCUCCCAGUGGGCCACUGAUUUUGGAGCCAAGGAGGACCUCAACACCCGGUUAGCCAACAUCCUCCGUGAGUACUCCUCCUCUUCACGGGAUGUAUUGAGGGAGCUUCUGCAGAAUGCAGACGACGCUGGUGCAAGUGUUGUACAUUUCCUCUGGGACCAGCGCCACCAUCCAGCUCAUCGUGUCUUUGGUGAUGAAUGGAAAGAUCUUCAAGGCCCGGCCCUCUGCAUCUACAACAACCGGACUUUUGACAUGCGUGACAUAGAAGGCAUCCAGCGUUUGGGCUCCGGUGGUAAAGGUGGGAGGCGGGAUACUACUGGCAAAUAUGGACUGGGCUUCAACACAGUUUACCACUUGACUGACUGCCCUGCCUUUGUGACGGGUGACAGCGCCCUGUGUGUCUUCGACCCCACGUUAUGUUACCUGCCUCAUUCGGAUGACGUCUCUCCUGGAGGAAUGUUCAGCCUCACUAAAGAUUUCAAGGAUGCCUUCCAAGAUGUUUAUGACACUUUCUUGCCUGAAGUGUUUGAUCUGGAACGCGGCACCGUUUUCCGAUUGCCCUUGCGUACCCCUGCUGGGGCAGCAGUCUCCCCCAUCUGCCAGCGUUCUGUAUCGGAGGAAGAUGUGAGUAGCAUGUUAACGGCACUCACUGAAGAGGCGGAUUGCUUAAUGAUGUUCCUCAACCAUGUUCACCGUGUGGUUUUCUCUGUCAUCAAGGAGAACCAAACUACACCCACAGAAGUGUUCUGGGUGGAGACCAAAGGUGGUGAGCCUGAAAGACUGGAAUACCAGAAACAAUUCCACCAAGCAGCUGCGGCAGGUGGGAUGGAUGUGGGCGAACCAGUAAGAGUUUUCUACAGAAUGAAGGUGAACAGUAGCGUCUCUGAGAUUUCCAGUGACUGGCUAGUUGGGAGACAGAUUGGAGUAGACAGCUUGGCCACCGUGGAAGGUGUGCAUCUGCCCCAUGGUGGGGUGGCCGCUUGCAUUAAUGGACAACCAGAGGGCAGGGCCUUCUGCACCUUGCCACUGCCAGUGAAAACUGGCCUACCCAUCCACAUCAAUGGGAACUUCAAUGUGGACUCUGGUCGGCGUGACUUGCGGAAGGAUGACAGCAAGGACAGCCCUGAGGUGGUGUGGAAUAGCUUUCUGCUGCGGGACCUUGUAGCCCCCUUGUAUCUCCACCUCCUUGAGGAGCUGCGCAAGGCACUGGGAAAUCCGCCGCUGCAGUUCUCCUCCUUGAACGCAUGCCAGAAAACGUUACAUUCAGAUUACUUGCGGCAUUUCCUACUUGUGACAGACCACGUCCCCCCGUUCUGGCAUCAGCUAGUGCACCAUAUGUAUAAGCUGGCAUGUAAGGGGCGGUUUUCGCUGGUGCCAGUGUACCAGAAGAAGAGUAACCAUAGAAUGGAAGUGGUGAGUGUGUCCUGGAGUGUGCUCCGACGCGGACACCCAACCAAAGAUCCCUAUUUCCUGCAAUCUAAGAUAAACGGUUCUCUUGAGGAUGCUCUCCAGAAUCUGGGCAUGCUCUUAGUCCCUGCCUUCCAGUGUCUACAGAAAAUCCGUGACCAAUGUGUCAAAGCAGGAACUGACGUCCUCAUCCUGGAUUCUCCAUCUCUCUGCUGCUUCCUCAGGAGUUUGCCUGGCUUGCGUCUGCCAUGCCCGCUCAACCAAACACCUAUGAAAAAUAGUAUGGGCUGCUCUGCUCUUCUCAAUUUUUGCCUCAAGGGGCUGCUCUCCAAGGAUGCCAGAUGCCUGGAAGGUCUCCCCUUACUGAUAACCAGUGAUGGUGUGCUCCGGCAUUUCAGUCAGCAGGAUCCGGCCUACCAGAGCAGCGCUUACGGACUUUUCCCACGUCAUAAGGAUCGUUUCUCUGCCUGUUGCAUUGACAGCCCAGAGGCCAGCCAACUGUUAGUAGAGACUGGGUUUAUGAAAGAGUUUACUCUCAGUGAAUCUGCUUUUUACGUCCAGGAGAGGCUGAGAUUGAACGACUGGGUCACUGGUGCUGACAAAGGCCGGGACUGGCUGCGCAAGGUGUGGGCGUUCUUUGAAAUGAAGAUCUGUGCAUCUGGCGACGAGGACACAAUGAACCAGAUGUUCCAAAAGCUAGUUUCCCUCUUCGAAGGCUGGAGGGUGCUCCCUGUGCAUGGAAGUGGCGAGGAUCUGGUUCCCCUUGAUUCCCUGAACACAGUUGUGCUCGGCCUCUCUGGGGAUGUGGCUGAAAUUCUCUGCAAGCUGGGCUUUGCCAGGCUGGACCUGUCUCUUCUGCCUUCACAUCUCACCACACAGUGCAUCAUACAAAAACUGCUUCAGACGGAUGACCCUGCCACGGUGCUGGUACAGUUGGCUGCCCAGCCCAGCCUCCAGUGGCAGGCACUUGAACAAUGGGAAUUUGAAAGGCUCCUGAGGUUCCUAAGCAAAGAUCUGCAGAAGUUAGCAUGUGACAGUGGAUUACUCAACAAGCUGAAGGCCUUGCCAAUAUUUGAGACACAUCAAGGACACCACGUGCCCCUGGCUUCGUACCAGAAUAUGUACCUGCUGCAGUCGAAAAUCCCAGAGAAGUCCAAGAACUUCAGGGAACUUUAUGAGGCAGAUAAAAGGACAGUUUUGCUAAAAGAUAGUUCACUCAACAGAAACCUGAGUGAGUGCUUGGGUAUUGUUGUAAUGAAUGAUUUGCAGCAGUUUGUUCGACUCCUCUUGCCUCUUCUGCAGAGUCUCUCUGAGGCCCGUCUGCUGGAGGCAGUGAAGUUACUCCUUACCAUUGAGGUACACUAUCCAGAAUACAAAGAUCAGAAGGAGACUGUGAUAGCAAAGUUCCAAUCCGUUGCCUUCAUCCGGGACAAGCAAGGAGUGCUUCGUCCUGCAUCCUACUUCUAUGACAGCAGCGUUGAUUUUUUUCAGAAGUUGGGGUUGGACUCUCGAUUUGUGCCAGACAAAUUCUAUAAGACUGUGGGGUCAGGAAACAAACCAAAAGUGAUUCGAUUCUUAAAAGAUGUGGGUCUGCGGCAUGAAGCCUCCGAAGAUGAUUUCCUGCAGUUUGCAGUCCAGAUUGAGAGGGAAGCAUUGAAGAAUGGUGCUAUGUCCCCUGAGCUUCCUGACAAACGAAAAGCACUUCUGUCACACUUGCUUGAUAAGAAAAGUGAUUCUUUAUCCGAUGCCUUCUUGGAUCAGCUGUCCCAGAUCCGUUUCUUGGCACCUCGGCUCAUCUGUGACAAUCUGUGCAAACUCCAUUCACCGUUUGUCUCUAACAACACUGCAGUGGCACCUCAAAAUUCUUUAUGUAGUUGGGGAAAAAUGGAACUAGCCUGGACAGCAGCAGUACUUCUGUAUCCCAUUCCAGCAUUGGAUGAAAACACAAGAGCCAUUUUGACACGCCUAAAGGUACAGUGUACCUUAUCAGCCCAGCUGGUCUUGAAAAAUCUGAGCAAUGUCUGUCAGGCACAAUGUAACACGCCGGAAACCAGGAAAACUCGGGCAGAUGUCCUCCGACUGAUGUAUGAUUACUUGAUGGAACAUGAAACUAUAGAGACUGAAUACGCCAAUGGGCUCCCUGUGGUGCUGGUAGAUGGCGACGAAGUAGCAGAAGCCCAACAUGUGGUGGUGUCUUUGAACAACUGGAAUGAAUUCCGGCCAUACCUCUACAGGCUACCCCCAAAGUUAGCUCCCUACAGGGAAUUUCUGGAGAAAUUUGGGGUGAAAGUUGAACCCACCAUCCAUCACUAUGCCAGUGUCCUGGCCAGAAUCUACCAGGAGACUAUGCAGAAGGAUACACUGCAACCCAACCUCAUUAAAACAGUAAGGAGGGCUACCAAGUGCUUCUUCCAGCUUCUAGCCACAGCAACGGAAACAGACGACUUUUCAGACCUGGAAGAACUGCACCUGCCCUGCACUGAUGGGAAGCUGUACCCCUCAAACACCCUUGUCUUCAACGACUGUGCCACAGGCCAACCCCUCCAGGCUUUGCAGGGCACAUUUCACUUCCUAGCGGAUCUCUCUGAUGGCUACCCGUCAUUUGAGAACUGUUAUCUUAGAAAGCUUUUGCUCCUGCUUCCAGUAUCCCUGAGACUCCAGAGACUGUCAGAUAUUACCACUGAGCAACUAGAUGAUUUGUCUCUAGAGCUCUGCUCCUAUGGAGUUCACUGCGAAUUCCAGUCCCGCCUAAAAGAACUUCUGAUUGCCCCCGAGUUCCACUAUGCCCUUGUUGCCCUGCUGAGGUGGCAGAACACAACCAAGGAAGGAGAAAAGGAGGCAGAAGUCGAUGGGGUAUGUGUUGGACUCUUCUCAUUGGAUCAGCUGGAGGUUAUCUGCUGUGAAAAGGUAUGCACAGUGAUGUGUCACAACUCACAGUGCUUGGAAGGGAGCCAAGAGGCCAAGACAGUGUUUGUUGCAACGAUGGCAGAUGGGAAGCAGCACAUUUACCUAUUGCACCAGGAGCGUUUGGAUCGCCGAAAAGCUGUGAAGAUCUCUGACACCUUGGCUGAAGAAGUGAAUAAGCUUCUUGGAGAGAGGCUUUGCAGGGAAGCCAUGCGUGUCCUUAGAGAGGUUUUGGCUUGCCAAGAACCUGAAGAAAUCGCUGAUGUGCUGAAUGAACACAAAGUGCCCCUCCAGAAGUUUGGUCUCAGAGAUGCCUUCAUCCUCCCUGAUCCUGGGGAGGAGAUUCCUGAGGAAUGGCAUGAUAGCCUGGAUAUGAGCAUCCUGCAUUCCUUUAUGCCGGAAGAUUAUGUUGGUUACUUGGACCCUUCAUUGCAAGGUGAGCACUAUGUCUAUGCUGUGGUCUUGGAGGACCUGGGGCCACGGCAGAGUGGAGUGGGACAGGUGCAUAUGUACCAUGUUGAUGUGGGAGGUGGACAGCACUUGGAGGUCAGCGCUCACGAUCUGUACCACUUCAAGCGGAGCAAACCAGCAUCAGACACAAGCAAAGCUGUGGUGUCAGUGCCAAGUUCCUCUGAUGGUGCUGCUGCUGCAGGCCUAAGUGGUGGCGAUUGGUACCAGCAGCCGCUGAGUGAAGUGAAGAAAAAAGUGGAUGCCUGCCUAGCUGAGAUCUGGGGUCUGUCCAAGGAAGAAAGGAAGAAGGCCAUACGGAGACUCUAUCUGUGCUACCACCCAGAUAAAAACUUAGGUCAGGAGGUCUUAGCCAACAAAAUCUUCAAAUACCUUAAAGAGAAAAUUGAGGAGAUGGAGAACAAGGGAAAGCUCCAGGGUUGUGGCGGGCAACCUAAAAGCAGCAGUUCCUUCAAUAGCAGCAGUUGCAACUUCUCAAAGUAUUGGAAUGAAUGGGACGGGCAAGCUCACCGACACCAAGAGAGGCGCCAGGAAUUCACCAGGCAAAGACAGAGUGGACGAGGUGGAGGCAAUUUCACGUACAACUUCUGGUCCUUCCACGCAUCUGGAACAAAAGGCUAUCGGUCAAAGGGCCCUGGCAUGGAGGAGGCAAGGCGCUGGCUGCAGCAAGCGGAGUGUGACCUGAGGGCAGCAGCCAAUGACGUUGCGAACGCCAGCACUGAAUGGCUACUUUACAAAACGUAUCGAGCGGUGGAGAAGGCCUUCACAGCGGUUGAGUACAAGCAAGGUGGACAUUUUGACAACAAUCUGUCUGUGGCGAUGCUGGUGGGUAAGGUAGCAAGUCACGGACAAGAGUUGGCCACAAUUCGUGACCAUGUGACCAAACUCCGGAAGCAGGGCAUGGAUGAUAAGACAACACAGUAUCCCAGAUACCACCCACUACCCACCAUUCCCAACGAGGCCUUCAACACAUGCAAAGAACGGGAAGUGCUGCGGCUAGGCCAGGAGAUUCUAGACACAGUACGGGGGUGGCUUGGCCCGUAGUGAAAGCUUGAGCAGUUAAAAAUACUUAUUAUGUAGAUUAGUUUAUGUAACGCCAACUACCUGUAACAAGAAACUUUAGAAUCAAACGAAUAUGGUUAGUGUUUCAUCAGAUGUUUGAUGGAUUUUGGGCACUAAUUUGUGGGCCCAGCAGGUUAUCCAUAAGUUUCAACUAACAAUCUUCAACUGCACCACUUCUCAACUGUGUUCUUCACAUCUGGCCUCUAUAUCUAGACUCUAACUAUAUUCCUUAAUUUUAUUCUGGGCAGGUAUGGCUCAUCUUCCUGCUACACAGAAAGUGUCCAAGACAACUAACAUUCAGGGAUAAAGGAUCCAAAUAUAAACUUUGUCUAACAAAAAAAAAUAUCUCUCCUGGUUUGGCAACCUUACCCUAGCCUGCCUUAAUUUGCAAGUUGACCUGAAGUAACACAACAACAGUAGAAAUGAUUCCAUCCUUUUUGGUGUAGGUUUCAGAGCAUUUAAUUCAUUUUCAUACUCCCCAUGUUACCAUUGGAUUUAUGUACUUAAUAAUAUGCAUGUCCAAAUCUCCCUUUUAUAGUAAGGGUUGGAUAGCCAGCUUUCCCAGUAAAUCUCACCCAAUCUCCCUCAUUACUACAGCCCCCAUCUGACACACCUUUUGUUUAUGCAGGUCCCAUGAACCCCAGCAGAUUCUUUUUGGGGUGUCAAAGGGGAACUCACCUUCCUUUUUCAUUAGCGGAAAUGCUUCCUGGCUGUAACCCUAUUUGUCCAAAUUACCCCUCUGCAGUAUUUUAUCAAUGUGGAUAUUGUUCAUAUAUAAGGCUGUGCCAAGAUUUGUUAAUAUUCUAUGGUUGUAUACACUUGCACAAAUUACCAGUUUGCACAUCUAUAUUGUGGAAUUGGGCAGGAGAGAAAGGAGCUGAAAACUGUACCAAUCAGUGUGUGUGCUGAUUCCAGAAUCAUUUAAACGAGAAAUAUGAAACAGAAGGCAAGGCAGAGGGGGAGGAAUUGGAGGGGGUAAUUUAUAACUCGUAAGAACAGCUGUGUAAAGCAAGAAACUACCUUCUGAUAUUCUGUACACUAUGCAGGAAACAUCUGACCAUUGGACAGCUGCUGCCCACUGCCCCUAAAUUGUACUCUUUUUGCCUAGUUCCCUGGUUUAUUUCAGAUCUAUAGCAAAACUUCAGAGGAUUUUUGGAGUGGGUGAUAAAAACAGGGUUUCUCACCUGUAACUGUUGAUCGUCGAGUCUCUUCUGUGCAGACACACAUUGGGACUGCGCAGGCGCAGGCCAGCCGCGGAAAAGAUUUUUCUAGCUUCCAGAGAUGUGAAGGGGACGUUCGGAUCCACCGCGCAUGCGCGUCGGUGUUCCCGCCAAUUUUGAAUGCAUAUAUAUCCGAACGUCCCCGGCAUUCCCUCAGUUCACCUGAGCCGCCGGAGAAACUAAGUUAACGAAACACUCACAGCGGGGCAGGCGGGAGGGAAUGUGUGUCUGCACAGAAGAGACUCGACGAUCAACAGUUACAGGUGAGAAACCCUGUUUAUCGUCUUCGUCCUUCUGUGCAGCCCCACAUUGGGAGAGUAACUAGCAUCUCACCAAUGGGGGCGGGUGUGAGUGUCUACUUGAACAAGGACUGCAGGACAGCUGUGCCAACAGCCGAGUCACGUCGUGCAUGCACAUCCACAGAGUAAUGCUGGAUGAAAGUGUCCGCAGAGGACCAUGUCGCAGCUUGGCAGACGUCCUGGAGCGGCACUCCUCGCAGGAAGGCAGCAGAAGCAGCUUGCGCUCGAGUGGAAUGAGCGGUAACCAACAAGGGACACUGGACUCCAGCAUGCUGAUAGCAAAGUUUAAUCGUAGACACAAUCCAGCGAGAGAUGGACUGGGCAGAAGCAGGAGAGCCCUUGCGAGGGCCAGAGUAACACACAAACAGGGCAGGAGACUUCCUGAAACAUUUGGUGCGGUGCAAAUAAAACAAUAAAGCACGCUUUACAUCCAAUGUGUGUAGUGCUCGUUCCCCUGGGGAUGAGGGUGUUGGAAAAAAGGAAGGGAGGAACACCUUUUGCUGUAGGUGAAAUCUUGAGACUACCUUAGGCAGAAACUCCAUGCUAGUGUGGAGCAUGACAGUACCAGGGAAAAACUGCAGAAAGGGAGGGUCACACCGCAGGGCAGACAGCUCCCCAACACGCCUAGAGGACGUGAUUGCCACCAGGAAAGCCACCUUCUGAGUGAGCAAAGGCAGGGGGCAGGAAGAUAGAGGCUCAAAGGGCUGGAGCAUCAGUUGGGAGAGAACCAGGGAGAGACUCCAUUGUGGAAUGGGAUGGGCCCUAGGAGGGAAGGUCUUGAACAGGCCCUUCAGAAACUGCUUGGAAAGC